UCGGAGGCUCCACCAGCAGUGACGGAGGUUCAUCCAAAUCCUUUUCGACAGAAAAUUAUAUUAUAUAUAUAUAAUUAAAAUUAUUUUUAAUAUAUGUUCACUUGUGAAUUCUUGUGUCAAUUCUGACUCCGCCACUGUCCACUAAUUGUCCUAAUCUAAGUCGUUCUUAUCAGAAGAUUCAUAGUACAUACACUUGUUUCUACUGAAUCAGCAUCUUCUUCUGUGACCCUCCACUCCGUCCUCCCUCCGCAUUUUUUGUUCUUCCAGAUUAAGCAAGUCUUACUGAUAAUCUGCCUACAACAUAAAGUGUCUUGGUUGUUAUUUUUGGCAUAUUGAAUCUGGAUCCCUUUUAGUUUUCAAAAUUAAGGUCCUGCAAUCAAAAUUGAACAUCAAGAUUGGCAUCUGUAUGGCUUUGAAUUAUAUGGAUAUGACGCUAAUAAAAAAGGGUAUGCGAUAUACUCAAGAAAACAAGAACUUUCUUGUUGCUUUGGGAGCUCUUGGUGUCACCGGUUUUGGUGCAUAUAAAGCUUAUUACUCACCUUCUAUGAUAAUAAAGAGGCAAAGAUUGUUGAAGCUUCUUGGUUCAGUUGUUUCUUUAGCUGAAAUGGUGUCUGAUUCUGCUGAUACAAUUGGGAUUUUCUCUAAAGAGCUCACGGAAUUUAUACUGUCAAAUUCUGAUCAAAUUCCUACUAGUUUGAGGCAGAUUUCCAAGAUUCCUAGUUCCGAUGAGUUUUCUGAGUCCAUUGUUAAGGUCACUAGUGCUUUGACUAUUGGGGUUCUCCGUGGUUAUCAUCAAGAAACAGAGAAAGUGGAUUUCGGAUUGUUCCACCUUGUUGUAAAUAAACUAUUUUCUGAUGCAGGAUGUGGUUUCGCUUCUGUAAUUGUGGGGAGUUUCGCAAGGAAUGUGGUACUGGCUUUUUGUUCUGUUAAAAAGGGUUCGGAUUUUGAUUACUGUGUUCCUGAAAAGUACAGAGAACUGAUAGGGAAUUGUGUACAAGUAUUUGUGAGCACUGCUGUUACUGUUUAUCUCGACAAAACAAUGAACAUCAACACCUACAAUGAGAUCUUUUCUGGGUUGACAAAUCCCAAGAACGAAGUUAAAAUGAGAGAAAUGCUAGUGGCCAUAUGUAACGGUGCAACAGAAACUUUUGUCAAAACUUCUCAUCAAAUUUUGACAAGUGCAGAGAUGGACAAUGAAGUAUCUACUGCUUUAAUUGUGCCGGACGAUAAGCGGUAUAUUCUUGAUUUGACUGGGAGAGUUAUUUUUGACUGUGUUAGAUCUUUUCUGGAGUUUCUGCUGGAGAAGUUGUGGGAGUGUUUGAGAAGAUAUGUAGAAUUUACGAAUGAGAUGGUUUUGGAGAGGAGUGCUGAAGCUUAUAGGUUUGUGAGUGACAAGUACUCUGCUGUUGUUAGCUUAUGUCUUUCUUUGUGUGUAGACAUACUUAAUGGUCCUUGGAUUUUGGUUUUGAAUUAAGUUUAUCAUUAUUAAUUGUACAAUUUUUCAUCAUUGGCGUUCUUGGUUGGUAGUUGAAUUCAACUGUUGCAAAGUCAAUGAAUUUACCAUUG